UAAUCUAUGAACCUAAAGAAUAAGAAGCACUUCUUAAACAUAUCAAAAUUUUGUGUAUUUAGACAUGAUCAAUCAAACGAAAGUGAGUUUUGUGCUCAUCAUUCUAACCAUAGCAGCGAAAGUCACCGAAAGCGAGUUUUCUGAUAGUCACGAUGCUAAAAUAACUAGACUUUUGAAGAAACUCAAUAAACCUGCUCUUAAAUCUAUUAAGAGUCCAGAUGGAGAUAUUAUAGAUUGUGUUCAUAUGAAGAAUCAUCCCAUUUAUGAUCAUCCUUUAUUUAAAAAUCACACAAUCCAGAUGAGACCAAGUUCUUAUCCGGAAGGAAUGAAUAAUGAACCUUCAGACCAAAAAAAGGAAAAUUUAGUGACUCAACUAUGGACAACCAACGGAAAAUGCCCCAAAAAUAGUAUUCCGAUAAGAAGAACAACAAGAGAAGAUAUUUUACGAGCAAAAUCGAUCGAAAGCUUUGGAAAAAAAACUUCCAACAGGUUUACUCAACCUAGUCCAGUGAACUCGACUAGUAACGACGGCAUACAUGAGUACGCAAUACUUGAAGUACAUGGAAAAUUUCAUGGAGCCAGCUCAAUAAUAAACGUGUGGAAGCCUUAUGUACGAACGGAAGAUGAAUUUAGCCUAGCACAAAUAUGGCUUGUGGCAGGCCCUCCUGGUGACGAACUUAAUGCCAUUGAAUUUGGUUGGCAGGUGUACGAAGGCAAAUAUCAUGAUAAUAACCCUAGAUACUUUAUCUUUUGGACUGCUGAUGGUUACCGGACAGGCUGUUACAAUUUUGAUUGCCAUGGAUUUGUUCUUGUCAGCCGAGAAAUUGCUUUAGGUGGAGCAAUUGCUAACGUUUCGACUUUAGGUGGUCAACAAUAUCAGAUUCCUGUAUCUAUAUGGAAGGAUGAGCAAACAGGAGAUUGGUGGUUGAAACUUUAUUAUACUAUAUUUGUUGGGUAUUGGCCUUCCUCAUUGUUCACCCAUCUACGAGAUAGUGCAUCUAUAAUUGAAUGGGGAGGCGAAAUAUUAGAUUUUAAGGAUGAUGGAAGACACACAACAACGAGAAUGGGAGGUGGAUAUUUUGCACAGGAAGGUUUAACAAAAGCUGCUUAUUUCAAGAAUCUCGAGAUAGUUGAUGAACAUAAUAUUUGGAGAAGAAAUGAGGGAGGUCAUACUAUCAUGACGCAAGAGAGUUGUUACAAUAUCCAAUCUGCUUAUCAUGAUACUUGGGGGAAUUUCUUUUAUUACGGCGGUCCUGGUCGAAAUCAAAAUUGUAUGUGAUUACAUAUAAACAUAUUAUAGAUGCAACUAACUCGUAUAUGAGUCAUUUAUGUCAUUUACCAUUGUCAUAUAGUAUCUAUAUGAUGGUUUAAAUAAAUUCAAGAGAUAAUUUCAAUAUAAGAGAAUAUAUAGUCAA